AGAUGAUCACUCCUGAGUUUGUCAACAUUUCACCAUUGACGCAGGACGGGUUGCAAGAUCUCUUGCAUACCAAGAUAGAAUUACCCGGCCAAUAAACUACAUUUCUGAGAGGUUCCCAGGGUUGUUAAAAGGAAACAUGUUUCUUCCCAGCAUAGAUCCAUCACGGCUUUCGUCUUUGCACUUUCCAGACCGAGCAAGUCGGAGAUCAAUCAGUCGUCAUUUCGAUCAUGAAAGUCGUCAUUCUCUCCGCUCUUGCGGCCGUAGCGACCGCCGUUGAACUCUCGACCAACCUCAACUACCACAGUCCCUCUACCCGUCACUCCGACCUGGGGAUCGACCUCCCCACCGUCCAGCGCCGCACCCUCAAGCGCGACUCGGUCCCGUACUCUCCCGAUGAUCUGAACUUCACCCACGGUAUAGCCUCUGGAGAUCCCUACCCAACAAGUGUCAUCCUCUGGACCCGCGUCGCUCCGUCUUUAGCGUCCGACCUCGGCAACAUCACGGUCGAAGGCAACGUCCCGCUCUACUCUCACGAGACAGAGCGAUACAUCAUAGCUGAUCCCAAUCCCAUCUGUGUCGAUUGGGCUGUUUGGCCUGCCACAUCCUCCAAUGCCACCAGGUGGAAGCGUCAAGGGAAUGAGACUGUGGUUGCCAGCGGCAGGGCGUACACCACGAGCGACAUUGACUUCACCAUCAAAGUCGAGGCUGGGGGUUUGAGCCCGUUUACUGAGUACAACUACCAGUUCACUAUUUGUGGGUCGGACAAGGAGAGUAGGAUUGGCAAGACAAAGACGACGCCGGAUAAAAAUGAUAAUGUUAGCGAGGUGAAGUUGGCCGUGUUCAGUUGCAGCAACUUUCCAAACGGGCACUUCAACGCGUAUGGGAAUGCUGCGAGGAAGGGAGGGUUGGACUAUGUGAUCCAUCUUGGAGAUUACAUCUACGAGAGUGCCGGUGGCGGCGAGAGGGCACAUGAUCCCCCGCGCGUGACCUUCACGUUGGGUGACUAUCGGACUCGUCAUGGCCAGUACCGAACCGACCCGGAUCUCCAGCUCUUGGCAGCAAAUCACCCCUGGAUUCCUACAUGGGAUGAUCAUGAAGUGGCGAACAAUGGCUACCGAGAUGGGUUCAGUGCGCUCAACAACACCGAGGCUUCGUUCCGCCAAGGUGGCCGGAUGGUUAGUGUCGACCAGAGAAAGAUGAAUGCUGUCAGGGCGUAUUUUGAGUGGAUGCCUAUCAGACAGGUAGAUCUAGACGACAAUCUCCGCAUCUGGCGGUCGUUUGAACUGGGCAACCUCGCAGAUCUCAUCAUUUUGGACACGAGAAACUACGACCGGAGCAUCACUUCCCUCGGCUGGAACGACGCCUACAUUGAGCUCAUCCGCGAUGAGGCCUCCCGGUCUCUCAUGGGCGGAAGACAGGAGAGCUGGUUCUAUCGUACUCUGAAAGAGUCCAAGGAUCGGGGUGCCAAGUGGAGGAUUAUAGGCAGCCAAGUUAUUUUUUCUGGUGCGGACGGAGCUGGUACUGACACUUGGGGUGGAUAUACCGCCAACCGUAACCGCACUCUGCAAACUCUCAUCGACAAUGACAUCGACAACAAUGUCUUCCUCGCCGGUGAUAGCCAUCGUAAUCAGGUCGCCGACGUCACAUGGCUAGGCGAGUUGGAUUACAACCCUGCCACCGGGUCAGGCUCCCUGGGUGUAGAAUUCGCUGGUACAGCUGUCAGCUCAAGUGGUCGGGCCGGUCCGAUCAGUGCUGCCAACACUUACGCCCGAAAUAGAGUGAGGGAUACCGACGUGCUUCAGUGGCAUGAGGGGUACUACAGGGGAUAUUUUGUCUUGUCUGUGCACAAGGACAAGGUGACCGCUGGUUUCUUUGGAUCACCCACGGUUGCAACGAGGAAUCCUUGGGAACUACCCCUGGCGAAUUUGACUGUUCUUUCGGGAGAAAACAAACUCUCCCGCCCUGUAGCUGGCGGGAAGGUAGAGGCUGGGUUUGCAAAGGGGGGAACUACCACGGGGACCAACCUGACUUUGAACACUGAGACGAAGAAGUGGGAAGUGAUCGGCUUCGAUGAGAUGUUUAUUUCUCGUUGAUAGACCGGGAAGGGAAUCCUGUCAGCUUUUUGUCUUGAACUCCCCAUGUCAAUUUGGACCAAUGGGGAUAAGCACAUAUUGGCAUGUCAUAUUGCCACUAUAGAAACUUCAACUAAUGCAAAGGCAAGGUAUGGGAAGAUAUGUCGUACCAGGCACCUGUAGAUAAUUACCAAUGAUUGAUGAUCAUCUUAGUCAGAGCUAGUCGACACCUCGGGCUCUAGAGGAAUCGCAACUAAAGACCUUUGGGUGAGAAGCCCUGGCAACACAAAGCCCUCGCAUCACAGAGACUCGGACUUAGA